UUCAUAUGAUAUAAAGAAAUGGGUUUGAUGAGAGAAAUGUGAUUUCAUUCUAAUGGAAGAGAAGAAAUGAGGCAGAUGGGUAAUAUUGGAAGGUUUAAGAGGCUUUGAAUUUCCAUCUCUGUGAUCCCACAAAAUUAGCAAGAAUAUCAGGUUUGGCUGUUGGACUGAGAAACUACUCUCUUUCUCUCUCUAAAAUGUAGGAUCCCCUUCAACAAAUCACCAUCUGCCAGAUCCUUUCCCAUCUGAUUUAUGGCUCUCCUCAAAACAUCUACCAAUUUGGCUUGCUUCAUUUCCCUUCCAUUCCCUCAUCAUUUUUGUCUUAGUUUGCAGAUUCUGAAGUAGCAGCAGAGGAACAAAAACAACAACUGGGUGUGAUGUUUAGAAUAGGAAAUGAAUUUAGAUGAAUUAGUUCUGAGGAAUGUGAUGUCUGUGGAAGAAGCAGAAGCAGAGCUGGCACAUGACUCUUCCUCUUCGUCUCCUGCAGCAGCAGCAGCCACGGCUUCGUUGUUUCUCCGAAAAAGAAAUGGGGACAACCAUGUCGAGCCACCGCAACCCGAUCCAAUGGCAGAUGUUUUGGUCUCGGCAGAAGGGAUGGAUUGGGUGCAUUACCAACGGGCACUACUGAUUGAUUCCAAGUUGCCAGUUUCUCAAACUGUUUACAAUCAUGGGAGUGUGCCGGAUAUUGGUGUUUACAACCUGCAGACCAUGUCGAUGCCGACGCCGACGUCGGCCUCGUCGAACUCCGAUUUCCAGGCAGGUAACAGUGGACGGAAACGAAGACAGUUGGACGAUAUGAAGGAGAAGACCAUUGAAAGAAGGCAGAGGAGGAUGAUCAAGAACCGUGAGUCUGCUGCAAGGUCCAGGGCCAGGAAGCAGGCUUAUACGAAUCAGUUGGAGCAUGAAGUAUUAUGCUUGAGGAAAACAAAUAGUUGGCUGAGAAAGCAAGAGGAAGUAGAAAGAAUGUUCUUGUCAAAUCCAAUUCCAACGCCUAAAUACCAACUGCGGCGCACCAGUUCAGCCUCCUUCUAGCUUAUAAUUUUCUCAAGUAAUCUCUCAAGUUUUUCUUAGCUAGAUUGGUAAUUUUGAAAAUAUGAUGGGAGCUUUCAUGUUCUUAGUUCUCUGUGUUUCACGUAGAGGAAAUAUUAUGAUAACAAUGCAGUUACCUUUUUUAUCUCUGUUGUAUUCUCAUAAUUCAUCUCCAAGAAAUCUUUCAGCACUCAGCAGUGAUACCUGCUCCAGAUUAUAGGAAAGAUUACUUCUGAUAUG